AUGCGUGUUUUUUGGGCAUUUGGGGCUAGUGUUGAAGGGUUCAAGCAUUGCAGACCAAUUAUACAAAUUGAUGGUACAUUCCUAUAUGGAAAAUACAUGGGGAAGCUUUUAAUUGCUACUUCAAUUGAUGGAAAUGGUCAUGUAUUCCCCCUUGCGUUUGUAAUUGUUGAGGAAGAAUCACAGGAUAGUUGGUCUUGGUUUCUUAUUGCAUUGAGGUUUCACGUCACUCAAAGAGAAGGGAUAUGCUUAAUUUCAGAUCGCCAUGCAGGAAUAAAUGCUGUUGUUAGAAAUCCAUCAGUUGGAUGGAGCCCCCCUCAUGCGCAACAUCGAUACUGUUUUAGGCAUGUAGUGAGCAAUUUUAAUGACAAAUUUAAGAAUAAGAUCUUAAAAGAGUUGGCGUAUAGAGCUGGAUGUCAACAUCAACCGCAGAAGUAUGAAAGAUACAUGGAGGAGUUAAAACGAUUGGAUGAAAAAAGUGUGGCUUGGUUUUCAAAGUUAGACACUAAAAAAUGGACUCAAGCAUAUGAUCUAGGAUAUCGGUCUGGGUGGAUGACCACAAAUAUUGCUGAGUGCAUUAAUGGGGUGCUUAAGGGAGCGCGAAUGUUACCUAUCACUGCACUUGUUCAAUUAACUUUUUAUCGAUGUGUGUCAUACUUUGAGACUCGUAGAGUAGAUAUACGUGUUAGAAUGGCAGUUGGAGAUGUGUAUACUGUGUAUGCAAUUGAAAAAUUUAGAAGAGCUGAGGCCAAAGCUAGUGGACACACUGCCACCAUUUUCCAUCGAAUUCAUGAAACAUUUGAAGUAAUUACUGCUCUCCAUGGGUUUCAUAUGGAUAAAGGAUGUAACAAACAAGUUGUUAAGCUGAAUGAAGGACUCACUCUUGGAGAUACAGACAUAGAUGGCCAGCGCCUUCAUCUUACAUGGUUGAGUCAGAGGUUCCCUACUUUGUCACCAAAUGCUGAUGAGGAGUCUAUUUAG